CUUCUCGUGGGUCCCUCCAGGGCAGGAGGGGAGGGUGGGUGUUGCAGCUGAUUUCAUCAACCGUAGGGCUCCGGGCCAGCCGGUGGGUCUGUCUGGGGGCAGAGCAGAACAGCCCUGACUUGCUCAGGAGCCCGCACCAGGAUCGCUGCGGCUGGGAAGCAGCAACAUAUAACCCACAUGAUGGUAUUUAAUCUGGCUGACCUGUUUUCCACUGCCCAGUUCUACCAGCUGCCAACUUCAGAUAUGCAAUUCCAAUGAGCCGACCUCAUGAGGCAGAUACGGCGUUAUUAAUUCCUUUCCUGAUUUGGUGCAUGAGGUUAUGAGAGAAGUGACAUGAAGAGAGGCCCAGUGCUGGUUUUUACCCUGUUUCUUGUCACCGAGGUCCGAGGUGCUGCUCCAAACCCAAUGGAAUGCCAGGAGAGUGAGUAUCUGGAUGAGCACAGGAAGUGUGUUCCUUGCAGAGAGUGUGGCCCUGGAUGGGAGCUUUCCAAGGAGUGUGGCUAUGGUGAAGGAAGGGAUGCACAGUGCACUGCUUGCCCUCCCAGGAGGUUUAAGGACAGCUGGGGAUUCCAUGGUUGCAAACCUUGUCUUUCCUGUCCCCUCAUCAACCGUGUCCAGAAAUCCAACUGCACUGCCACUUCCAAUGCAGCCUGUGGGGAAUGUCUGCCAGGGUUUUACAGUAAAACCCGGAUUGGCGGGCUGCAGGAUCUGGAAUGCAUCCCAUGCACAAAGCAGACGCCUUCCUCUGAGCCUCAGUGCAGCUCCAGGUCUAGCCUGGUGAAGGCAGUGAUUCCCACAGUACCUCCCCAGGAUACUGCCCUCCUAGUGCUGACUAGCAGUGCGCUAGUCAUCAUUGCGUUGGUGCUGCUGGCACUCGCUAUCAUCUGCUGCAAGCGUUUCUGGAAGAGCCAGUGUCAGCGAGUGUUUCUGAGGACCCAGAGUUUCUCGGCCCAGAGGGUGAUGUUCUGGGCCUCAGCCAUGCCAAGCAGGUUUCCCUGUGAGGAACAGAUGUCUAGUCCCUGCUGCUUGGGUGUGAAGAACCUGAGCCCAUGCUCCAGGCAAGCAGAAGGUCCUGUUGAACCGAUUCAGUUCAUUUCGGAUGGUGAAGCCAUAGGCCUGCAGAUCCCUGCUCUCCAGCCCAAUUCAGAAGCGAUUGCCAUCAGCCCCAAUCCCAAAUCCCAGCUGGCGAGGAGCGUCUUGGAGACCCAACCCCUGAUAAGGAACUCAGGGUCCAGCGACUAUUCUGCGGGGGGCUUGUCAUCCUCAGAUGCCAGGCAGGGCCCAGCUGGGUUCACAGAAGCCCUAACUCCCCUCUCAUCAUGUGCCUCAGAGAUGCAGCCCAGAUGGCCCCAUGCCCCGGUGGAGUGUACGGAGCUAGACCUGCAGAAGUUCUCCACCCAGGCCGAGUUUAUGGGUACCAAAAGCCAGGAGGAUGCAGAGAAGCAGGUGGCUCAGAGGGUCCGGAGACAUACAGAUGAACUAACCCUUGAAGUGCCCCUGUUUGGUGCCCCUCUGAUAACACAAAGUGAACUUGUUCUGGACCCUGCCAGGGGGUCAUCCUCAUCCUUCCAAAUUGCCACUGCUGAAAGCAGAGAGCAGCCUGUGAGUGAUGUCCUGAGCCUUGUGAGUGAGAUUAGCAGAGCCACACAAGGUCUCCCCAUAGCACAGCUCCCCCACUCCUUGGUGCUGUCACUCGGCUUCCAGUUGGACCCUUGCUUGUCUGGUCUCAAGAAUUUCAGCCACGUGGGGUUGGAGCUGGGGGUCCCAUCCCAUCUGGUGAGCAGGAUGUCUGGAUUCAAGCAGCUCGUUGCUCACCUCGCCUCCUCAGGAGACACAGUCACUGUUCCUGCCCUGGCCCGGGUCCUACAGCGACUCCAGCGCUUCGACGCCUUGCUCCUACUCUGCGAUCAUUUCAUUAUGAGCCAGGCCCAGGGCUGCCAACGCUAGGGGAAACACAUGUUGCUGCCUCCGCACACAGAGGGAGGGGCAACUUCAGGCAUAGUUUUGGCUGGGUGAACCUGGCAGCGAUGCUGCUGCCUGCUUCCUACCCACUUUUUGUGGGCUGUGUGGCGGUUGCCUUUGAAUCUUUGGGGUAGAAUCACAGUAGAAUGAUGAGUCUGUGAGAGCUCACUCAGCAAAUUUCUCUCUCUUGACCACUGCUUGAGACCUACCUUGUGCUGGUGAUGGCUGGCAGAUGCACAUGGUACCUCCAAAUGCCACCUUUCUUCAUACGUGUUUAUAUCGAUGCCCAGAAAUGUUGUGGCCCUCAUGGUCACCAUGCAUUUGCCUCCACGGGCAGUUGUGGAUUUAUAAUGGGCCCUCCAAGCACACAGUGUAUCCUUGAAUCACAUCUCAGCUGUAAUGAUUGAACUCUUUGUGUGAGGGGCUGUAAUGUGGUGUAUGAAAAUAUCCCCCAACUCUAAGGUGGAGCUCAGAGAGUCUGGACUCUCUCUGUUGGAUUUCUCCCCCGCAGGUGAUUGUAUCUUCCUCUUAGAGGCCUGAUAAUCAUUUGUUCUCUCCCCCUCACUCCUCACACUUUUUAGAUGUGGGCCUUCUCCAUUUGGCAGACGUAUUUUGCUGGCUUUUUGCUCAGCUUUCUGCUGUGGCUGCCUUUUUGUUUACUUCUCCUUUUGUGCACCGACGAGGGGACCUGUUCUUGGAGAAGGGUUCUUUAGCUGCCACUCCUUUCUUUCUUUUUUUUUUUUUGGCCAGGGAGGAGGGACUCAUGCACUGAAUUUCUGUGUGCCAUACCAAAAUAGCGGUGUGUUUAAUUGUAUUUCAUGGCUGUGGAAUAGUACCAUUUUCGUAAAGCAAUAUUUCUAAUUGUGAGUCAGGAUUUUUUUAAGCAUGGUGGAGUUUGCUCCAGUGCAGAUGGCAGGGUACUUGCUGCAUUCCCCAGUCUUCUGCUAAGCACCUCUGCUUCCUUGCCCUAAGGGGCUUGCUAAUGAGCUCCUCUGUGCUGAUGUUUGGAGGACAGCACAGCACAUAUUCUGCUCUUCUGCAUGUCUGAAGUUUUCAGAACACGUGACCCAAACAAAACCCUUGUGAGAAUCUGGAUGUGUAAUCCAGGGUCAGGAUCUUCCCUCCAUUGCCCCUCCUGUGAGCACCACGGGGUCUCAUCUUCUAAACACUAAAUGGAGACCACUUGGCCUGGAUGGCGCCCCGUUGAAGUGCAGACUGGAAGGAUGGCUUGGCUUUCAGCUCAUCCACUGCCCAAUUCUCUUGCUGUAGGAUGCAGGCCAUUCCCAUUGGCUUUUGUGGGAGAUGCUCUUAUCCUAUGGUGGGAAAACAGAGCCUGUGGGGUUUAUUAUGUUACGUAGCUACAACAAAAUAAACUCAGUAUAAUAAUGAAGGGUGUCUCAAUGGCACAACCACUCUAUUCCUUUGCCCUAGUUAAUUAAAAACUAAAAGGAUGGAACCCCUCAAGAACUAACUAUGCCAAGUUCAUAAUGGGAAAUGCUGGAUGAAACACCAUGGAAUAUUCUCAAAAGAGUAUUUUCUCAUUGCUAAUGUAAUGUACUGCCAUGUGCAUAACGCCCCCUACUGGAUUUAAUCAGACCUUUGUGUGGUCAGGUUCUGAUUAUUAGCCUGUGCAGGGAGGCUAAAUACUAUUCCCAGGGUUUCCAUUUGCCUGCAAGAGGCUUCUAUUGGAAGAGCAGGAAAGUAUGACUUCUCAUCCCAAUGCCAUGUGUAUUUGAUUUGGCUGAAUGAAUGUGGUGUCCAGAGGUUUGUUUCCUGGCCAUGUUAUGCUGCCUGUUAAAGUAAUCAUGUCAUUAGUGGUGAAGCGGCCUUAUUUUAAAAUAAUGUGUUGUUCAGACUAAAGAUGACCUCAUUUUCUGGUUUCUGAGAAUAGUUGUUCCAUAGGGACACACUCUUCUGACUUUAAUUUUCUCUAGGAGGAUUUGUCAGAGCUUGCCAUGGCUUGGCUGUGUUAGACUUCCUCAAGUUCCUGGAACUGGUAUCUGGAGGCAGCUUCCAACGAUGGUGGCUGCAGGUUUUUGUGCUAUUUUCUCAAAGCUGCCACCAGCUUCUCUUGUUACUGUGCAUUAAGUAGGAGCAGGUUACACUUUGAACUGCUAUCUGACAAAUUGGAUUGGUGGGAGGAAGUUGUAGAAUAUGAAACAAUCCAAGUGUCCUGUAAGGCUGGAGAAAUCCUGCCACAUGACACACCGCACACCUCCCGGAGAGAGGACAGGAAUCCAGCCCUGGCGAUCAGCUGCGAUAGUGUUUUGUGGUUGCAGAACACACCCACGGUCCAUUCAUGAGAGGACCCUAGCACUCAGGGCAUGUGACAUACUCUAUUAUACUGAUGUAUUUUUCAGCCCUGGCACUCAGCUGUGAUGGAUUCCUUUCAUAGUGAGGUAAUUUUCACAGAGCAGCUGCUCCAGAAGGAGAGGCGUUGCUGGGAGCCUGAUUGCAAUCAGCACUUUGCCAUGAAUUCAAACAGAUGGGGGCUUUCAUUCGGAUUCCAUAAAGCACACUGUUUCACUAUGGUUCACUCUAGGUGGGAUUCAGUGUGGCUCUGUUAAGUGGCAGAUGGCAUAGGCUCCCUAAAACACCAUCUCCAGGUGGAUCUUUACUUCAUUGGUGGCACAACCUUGACACUUAGUGGAUGGGGAAGGAGGUGCCUUUCUAAAAAUCUCUCCUGGGUUCUUGCCCAGUCUGUGGAGCUGGCUAUUUCAAACAAGAAUGGAGAAGAAUGUGGCUAGCUCCACAUUGCACAGGGUGAUGGUGUUGGGCUGCACGACAUUUCCCAUGUGUGCUGUAUUUUGCUGCACCUCAACACAUGGGGAUUGCUUUUUUUAGUGAAGGCUUGAGACCAACAGCUGGGGCUGGCGUUGGAGUUGCCCCAUUUAGUCUGUUUCAUCCUGCUACACCCUUGAGGGUUCAAGUCCAAUGCAGAGUUAACCUCAUGGGCUCUGGGAUAUACUCACGGAGUUUCACUGAUGCUAGGGUCCCUAGAACAAUACUGGGUGGUGAGAAGGGAGUUUUGCUGAGCAUACAUAGCGCUGCCAAAGUGCAUAGGGUGCAAAAUAUCAGACCAUCUGCACCCAGUUAGCACUGUGGGCACUGUUCAUCUUCCCAUGAGCUUUGGGGAAAAUGAGCUGGACUGUCCCUAAUUAAACCCUUCACCUUAUCUCAGCUAAGAACCAUAAGCUGUUGACAGUGCUGUGCUGUCUUAAUUUCAUUCACAUUGCCUGAGCAUCAGUGGAGUGCCAGGGACCACGCUGGUACAUUUGAGAACACCAUGUCCGUGCUGCCUGGUGUUCUGGGUAUGUUUUGCAGUAGCUGAGGGGUUAGAGAGCAGAAAGGCUGGUGGUUUUCACUGUGUUUAGUAAACAACUCUCCAAAGCGAAAAACGUAUUGCUUAUGCCAGUUACCAACGGUGCUUGGCAGCCAUCAAGCUAUAAAGGGACAAAACAGAAGGAUGGUCUUGUGGAUAAAGCAUAACACGAAGUCUGGAGAUCUGCACAUAGCUAUGCCACACAUGCUGAAUGUGUCUGGGAGGUCACUUCACCUCUCCAUUCCUGUUUCCCCACUUCUAAUGUAGGGACAAUAAUACUCUCCUACCUCGCAGAUCUGUUGUGAGGACUACUCCAUUAAUGUUUACAGCCUCCUUUGAAACCCUCAGACAGGAGACAAAUGAGAAUGACAGAGCUGUUCUAGUAGCAUAAAGCCUGGUCCCAUUAAAGUCAGAGGCAAAACAAUCAUUAACUGCAAUGGGAUCAGGAAUUUGCCUGUGGUACAUGGUUCCUCCCUUUCCUAUCCUGUGUCUCAGGCUCCCCUCUUUUCCCUUUAUUUCUGUGUAUUUUCCUGACUUUUUCCUGCCCUCUUUCCCCUAAGUUAGAUUUUCAAACUAUUUACAGUCCAAGAAGUGCGCACUGUUCUGCACUUUUCUGAUAUCAGCUGUGUAUCCCAGCUUCAACUACUCAGCAAUAUGGACAGAAACAUCAGCUCUCUUUUAAGCCCAAGAAAGGCUGACAUGUACUAUACCCUUUGUGCACUCAGUAACGCCCUGAUCUGUUGUUCUGAGUAAUGUCUGAAUAUUUUUAAGACCAAGGUUCUGAUUAGAGAGCCCCUGGUAUUGACAGUUCCAGUGCUGGGCUAGCUAAAACCAUUUCAUUACUAAUUAACUGGUAAAGACUGUCUUAACAGACUGACAUAUAUUGUGAUUUCAUUAUUAAAUGUUACGGUUUAAAGUUUGACAAUAGGAAAUGCAUAUAUCAAAACCCCAUUGGGUUCAUCUGAUCAUAGCAAUCCCUUGGCUGUUAUCAUAGCUCUGGGUGCCUGAAGUUGGGGGAGACCACAGACCACAUGGGAAUGUGUAAUUAGAUUAUAAUUAAUUGGUGUUUGCCUUUUAUGGAGUAAUUAAAGGCAUGGUGUCUCCUGGCAGCCAGCAGGGGGCACUAUUGCCUUGUUUAAACUCAAGUGCGCAUUUCGCCUGGAUGGUUUGUUACUAAUAGACAUUGGUAUCUGUUGAACAUCUUUAAGACCUGAAUCUGUUGAGGACAAUGUCUACUCAUGCGGGGCAUGGCCACCUAAAGCUGGACAUGAUGCUUUCCGUGUCUGCUAUUCACCUCUGGCAAAGUCAUGGUCAACUAGUUGCAGUUUUUGAGAUUGCCUUGCAGUAAAAAGAGGUAUUGAACGUUUUAUCCCUUCUAAGUUAAAAUGUCAAUAAAUUAUCCCUCAUUACUUGGUUACUUAACUAUGCAGCACUAAUUAAAAAGGUGCCUGAAAUGUAAAACAUCUCAGGGCAAAUGCAGAUCUGGGGCCAAGAUCCUGAUCUCUGUUAUACUGACAUAAAUUUGUAAUAACGUCAUUGACUUAAGUGGCUACUCUGGAUUUACUCCUAUACCAGUGAAAUCAAAAUCUGGUCACUAGUGUGAUGGAUUUUCACCUGCCCUUCAUGUCAUCAACUAUGGGUUAUUGGAAUCAAUGGUAGUUCUGCCCCGUGAGUUAGUUUUGCAAGCUGAGUACAUCAGCUCCCGUUGACUUCAGGGGGAGCACUGAGAGUGCUCAGCAGUGCCCCCAUGCAAGAUCCGGCCCAGUUUGAAUGUAAGGCUUUCCCUGCUCCUUCAUUUGUUUCAGGGGCUGCUGUGUCUGUUAGUGCCUAGCAGCAUAAUCAUGUAAUUAAGAAUGAAUGAUCCUCUGGAGUUACACUCUGGGAGAAAGAAAAGGAGUAGCCGUGGCACCUUAGAGACUAACAAAUUUAUUAGAGCAUAAGCUUUCGUGAGCUACAGCUCACUUC